AUGGCGGUUAAAAAUGUACGGAAACGUACACGUGCACCGUUGCAGAAAUCAACGCAACAAACGUUAAAAAACAAAGAACAGCAAAAGCAAGUAACUUCAGUUAAUGAAAAAGACAAAAAAGCAUUUGUUAUUGCUCAAGAAAUUAAAUUUGCUCGAUUAUUAUCAAGUAACAAUAAAAUAACUCGAAAUAGAGUACUAAAAAAUUUAAAGAAAUGGUUGACAGUCCGUGGACAAAGUUCUUUUUUUAGAAGAAUAAUUCGACAAACUUUUGAAAAGUGUAAGAAAAAAGUGUGGGAUAUUGAAUGGAUAAAAGGUAUUUCUAAAGUACUUGAAAAGCUAUUUAUAGAUCCAAAAAUAUGUCUUGGUUUUAGCAUGCAUAUAACAGAAAUAUUUUUAGAAGAACUUUCAAAGGUCAGUAAUGGAAACAUACCAGAAGGUGUGGUCACAGAAUUUGUUAAACCCUUUAUUGAAUACUUUAUACCUAUGGAUAAUGUAAGACAACUUGGACAUGUUAGACAAUAUAUCUUCAGCUAUUUAAUCUUUCAGUCAGAUGUUGGUAUGGAAUAUAAGGAAAAAUUUAAAGCUUGGAAGGAUGCUGGUUUUCCUACUGGUUCCAUUGAUGCUAUGAAAAAAAUCGAAAUUUCUGAUGAAGAAAUAGAAAACAAUGAUAUUGGGGAAGAAGAAAAACAUCUUUCAAGUCAAAUAAAAUGUGAUACAGAGAAACCACUAGAUCCAAGAGCUGGUAGAGUAGAUGUGGAAUUACCGCAAAUACCUUUUGAUGCCAAAGCAAUAGCCACAUUGUUAGCUCAAUAUAAAUUUCAUCCUUCUUCUACAUCAGCAUCACGCAGUCAAGUACGUCGUCUCAUUAACGAAUUUACAGAACUAUCUGAAGGUAACAUGCCACUUGGUAUUAAAAGCAUAAAUGUUCCGAAAAUACUAAAAAAAGAUACAGAUACAAAGCUAGCUACAAAGCGUCUUCUAGAAUUUGAAAAAGAAUUAUAUUCUGAUGUAUCAAAAAAAAGACGCAAAAGGAAAAAAAAUGAACAACUAACACAAGAUGAAAAUGAUACAUUUAAUGAAAAUGGAUUAGAAAAUAUUGAUAAUGAAAGUAGUACUGAAAAUGACACUAUAGAAAUGGAUGAAAGUGAAAUCGCAAAAAAGAAAAAAAAAAUGAAGAGUAAAGCAGAUAUUACUGAUAUGUUAUUAAACACAAAAUUGGAAAUAUCGGAUAAAAACAAUUUCAAUUUGAAGAAAAAAAAAUGCAGAGCAAAGGAGGAGGUUCAGAAUAAUUAUGAAACAGAUGUAAAAAAUAGUACUUGCAAAUUGAAAAAGGAUUUAUCGCUUUUAAUUAAGAGUACUAAUGAAUCUGAAAAGACAAAAUUGAAAAGAAAUAAAAUUACAACUGCAAAAAUGUUAAAUGCUACACCAAUUAAAAGAAAAAAACCAACAAAAUUAAAAAUUACUGACAAAUGGGAUGUUUCUGAUAGCAUAAAUGCAUCUACACCCUCACCAUUAAAUAUUAAUAGUACAGAGUUACAUACAAAAACGGUUGAGAAAUCUGUUACAAAUGACCAUGCUCAAAAAAAUGAAAACAUAUGGUUGAAACAUGUCCUAAAAAAAUUAGAGAAUGAAAAAAAUAAGACAACAAUAAGUUCAAAACGACAGCAUAAGAAAAGUAUUGAUACAAAUCUUAAAAAACGUGUGAAAAUUGCUCUUCAACGUAAUACCGCUCAACAUACAUCUGAAUAUAUUUUACAAAUUCGAAAAAGCCCAGCUAUACCUUUUGAUGCAAAUAAGAAACCAUUAGCAGGUGUACUAAAAGCAAGUCCUAUACCAAGUCCAAUUAACCCAUUUUACGGAAAAAAUAUGUAA